UCAAAUAUAUCUAGAGACUUGUCCUUUUGAUAGAUAGCUUUUCCCGUGUAUCUGAUGAAAAAUUUAAAUGUUGACACUGUGGUACAAACUGUGAUUAACAACUGUCUUUAAUACGUCUGUGUGGUUUGUUAACGACAUGUAGAAUUAGAUGUUGAAUUAUCUCAGUGUUUAGAUACAGAUAACUACACUGCUGAAGAUGACGUCUAAAGGAUUUUUCACUAAAAGAGGAAUUUUCUUUUUCUUUUGUUUAUUAGAUUUAUUUAAAUAUUCGAUAUCGUACAGUGUGAGUGAUGCAAAUUAUCUUCACAACCUGUUAUUCAAUCAGCCUGGUUACAAUAGACUGGUCCUACCAGACUAUCCAAUUACUGUUAGUGCAGAAUACAACAUGCUGACUGUUAAUUCUUUGGAUAUGAAGUCACAGACAUUGUCAACAUCAGGAUGGUUUACAGUGGUUUGGAAUGAUAGCCGAUUGGCCUGGAACAAAUCGUCCUAUGGAAAUAUUGAAUACAUAUAUGUACCUGGAGACUUAGUUUGGCACCCUGAACUGAUUGUGCAGAAUUCUAUUGAUGACUUGAGUAAUCUUGGUGAUGAUACAACAGUUCGUAUACGAUACGACGGAGAAAUACGAUGGGAACCAUCUGCCAUUUUGUCUACGUCAUGUGACAUGGAUGUCACGUUCUUCCCAUAUGACAGUCAAACUUGCGACAUAGAAUUAGCUAGUUGGGGUUUCCACACAGAUGCCGUCAACCUAACAUUCUUGAAAACGAAUUUAGAUUUACAAGACUACAGAAUCAAUGGAGAAUGGAAUCUUGUAUCAACCUCUCAGCAUUCAUCUGAGCUCAUAGAAGAAGGACUGGUGUAUUCGGAACUCUUGUUCCGAAUAGUGUUUGAGAGACUACCCAAUUAUUACAUCAUGAGCGUUAUAAUUCCGGUUAUUAUAACAGCUGUAUUAACAUCUGUAACUUUUAUACUACCCGUAGAAUCUGGAGAAAAGGUCGGAUAUAUCCUGACAGUGUUACUUUCUUUGGCUGUUUUAUUGACGUUAUUUGCAGACAAUAUGCCUACAACAUCAAAACAUACUUCAGUUCUAGUGGUAUUUCUUACAGUAACAUUAGGAAUGGCCUCCUUUGUGAUUAUCGUUACGAUAUUGAUAAUAAGACUUUAUCAUGAACCGGAUGAUUUUAUUGCUCCAAACUGGAUGCAUUCUCUGGCGAGGAAAUGCAGGAAAUCACAAUACAGCGCCGUAGAUACAAAUCCAGUUGGUCAAAGUGAGUUCACAGAAAAUAACCAACCGACAGGCAGUGGAAGCUGUAAAGAAAAAGUUAGUUUGAACAAUAUUAAACCUUCAUACACCAACACAGAACUAGCAGAAUUCUUUGAUAAUUUUCUGUUUGUUGUGUUCACGGUUUUAUAUGUUUUGGUAACCGUUUGUUUCACUAUAACACUAUGUGUUGCAGAAUAAUGGAGGCAGGAAAUGAAACAUGAGGAAUACUUCAAGAAAAUCGGCAAUCUAGUAUAAGCAAAUACUGGUUUUACGUGUACAUUGCAAGUUAAUGUUCGUCAACAAUUGUAUUACAUUACUCAAAUGCAAAAGGCUUGUCCGUAAAUUGUCUGGAAUUUUUUAUGCUUUUUCCGAUUUUAAAAAAAUUGUCGUUUUUAAAAUUUGUUGAAGGAAAAGUUGCACAAAAAUAUAACAAGUAUAAUCAGCAAGAAUAAAAACUGUUCAUAAACAAUAAACAGUUGUAGUAUGUUAUCGAUUAGUCAAUUUUGUAAGAGAAUCUGUCAUGUACUGUAAGUGUAAACCAACUAUACAUUCGCGUGUAGAUAGAUUUUCAUCUUCUCUUUAAUGAAUACAUCAGUAACAUUAGAUACUAUCGAAAAUGAAGCGUUGCGAAUUCGAUCAGAAAGAAUGGAAAACAGGAAAGUAUCAGCGAAAUAUGUUUGUUAGCAGUAUACAAAAGAUAAAAAAAUAAAUUGUUAGCUAUAUUCAGUAAUAAAUUUUGAUUUAGUAUAAAAGAUUGAUAUUACUCAAAAUAUACAUUGUACGCAU